AUAGAUAUUUCGUGGUACCGUACGGUCGUACAAAUGUACAAUAUACAAUACACCUAAAUCGACUUUGGAUGCAAUCAAGGAGGAAUGUGGUGCUAUGUGUAAAUUGUAAACAUAGGCACAAAGUUAUUAACCCAAAUUCCCAAAUAAUUUAUAAUUGUAUUUAUUAGUUGUUAUUGUAUAAUAAUAUAUACUAGUUUCCCGUUUCUUUCUUUUACCUCCUCGAAAACUCUAAAAUGGCUUGGCAGCCGAAUGUCACCACAAUGGCCAAGCAAAACAAAUCGUCGAUGUACGUCGAAUAUGGUAACCUUAUUAAUGAAUUAGAACAGUACAUGCCACAAUUCAAAGCAACUAUCAAAGACCUACAAGAACCCUCUCAGUCGUUUGUUACAAAUUUCUACACCGACGUGUUCAACGAAUUCUUUUGUGAUGUGAAUAAUUUAAUCGAGAUCCAUAUCAAUCAAAAUCUCACAUAUAAUGAAAUGUACAGUGAAACUGUACCAAUACUGAAUAUGUGCACAGCUUUGAAAUAUAUUUACUCAAAAUUGGGAAUUGAUGAUUUUGGUAUGAAUGAUAUUUGUGAUCCGAGUUCAAAAAGAACAUACCGCUUGCUGCAAACAAUGAUAAACUUUAUUAAGUAUAGUGAUGAAAAAAUACACGAAGUUGAUGCUAAAAUGAAAGCUGUUAGAAAUAUGAAAGAUGCAACUGAUAGACUUAAGAAGCAAAAUGAUAUAAUUUUAAAUACAAUUAAUAAAAAGUCGUUAGACCGUAUACAUCGAGGAGCUGAAAUAAAAACAGUCACUGAAGAAGUAAAAGAUGGAAAAUCUGAAAUGACAAAAAUUCAAAAACAUAGAGAUGAUAUACUAAAAGAAUUGGAUAAAGUGAAACAGGAUCAAGAUGAUAUUGAGAAAAAAUGUUCAAAGUUGUGUAAACUAAAAGAUAAUAUUAUAAAAGAUAUAAAUGAUCUUAGAGCACAAAUUGUAGAGUCACCAGAUUUAUUAAAAGCCGAUCACGAACGUUUAAAAAGAUUGAAAAACGAAAUAACAGAAAAAAAAUCUGCAAUGAUGGCACAAGUCAGCGCUAAAAAGCAAACUGUUAUAAUUUUAGAACAAGAACUAGCAUCCCAAGAAAAGCGAUUACGUUUGUUAAAAGAUGUAACUGAAAAAAAUGAAAGAAUUUUUAAAUUAACUAAUGAAAUUGAAACCAUGUCACAAACAAAAUCUGAAUUAGUGGAGUCUUCUGAAAAUUUGAAGGAGAUGAUUGAAAUUGUGGAAAGUGAACGUGUUGAUAUAAACAAUAAAAUAAAUAAUAUUGCUAAAGAAAUGGAUAGGGAACACAAUUCAUACAAGUCUAAAUAUGAUGCAUUAAAUAAAGAAUUUGACAGCAUGAUAAGACAGUCUAGUCACCUAACUGAAACUAUUAAAUUGUUAGAAUUUGAGAUUAAUAAAUAUAAUUUGUGUAAGAAAGAAUUGGAAACUGAUGUAAUUACUAUUAUGAAAGAAUUUGAAACAGCCAAGAAUGAUUUGAAUGAAUUACAAACAAGUUUUCAAAUGGAAACUAUUAGAAAUCUUGUGAAAAAUGAACAUUAAUUCGAGAAAGUUUUUUACUAGAAAUAUAUUAUAAUGUCGCACUUGUAAUAGCACCUAAUGUGCUGAAACAUUAAAAAAAUUAUUUAACGCAUUGAA